AUGCGAGAGUUUAGCCGUAGAAAUCCACCUCAGUUCGAUGGGGAGAGUAGCGAUCCCCUUGUGGCCGACCAUUGGCUUGCACAAAUUCGUAAGAUCUUCAAUGCACUUAAGAUUACGGAGGACGACCUACGGUGGUGGGAAUCCAUUUUGGGAGUAAGGAGAGACGCUAGGAGGGCGGCUAAAGUUGCAAAUGAGGAAAUCAAACCGGUUGAAGAGAGUUUGACAUGGGCUGAGUUUGAGACACUUUUUGAAAACCAAUACUUUCUGGAGUCAUAUCGUGAACAACUUAGAAACCAAUUCGAGAGGUUCCAAACAUUGUCUCGUUUUGCGCCAGAAUCAGUUGCAACAGAGGAUAGAAAAUGUAGGCAUUUUGAGAAAGGAUUGCAUCCGUCUGUUAAGAAGUUUGUGGUAGGUCAAAAAAUUGGGGGGUUUUCUGACAUUGUCAAGUGUGCUAGGAGUAUUAAGUAUACGAAAGAGACACCAGAGGAAGUGAAAGUAUGGGAGCCGAGACAACGAACUGUUAGAAUGAAUAAAUCUACAAAAGGGUCUAAGAACCAAAGGAGGAAGAGACACAGAGAGCAGUGUCGGUCCACCUCGAGCCAACAUAGUUCAGAACCACCUAACUUUUCUAGAAUGUUAGGAGUUUUGUCUGGGUCAACGAUUGUGUGUUAUCGGUGCUGUCAGUCGAGCCAUCGAGCGAUAAACUGUCCUCAGGAAAGGGAAUACCAUGGUCAGAGGCCACUUUGUGCUUGCUACCGGUGUUGUCAUUCGGGAUACUUAGCGGUAGAUUGUCCACAACUGACGAGCAGAGGGAGUGUACAAAGAGCCAUGGGGUCAGGUCAUGCACAAAAUAUCGAAUUGCAAGGUAACGUGAAUUCAUAUGAUGAUGUUAUGAUUACUUAUGCAUAG